AUGGCCGCAGAUGGCCAAGAUUUCGACAGAGAUACGCUCAAUCUGAAUCCUAGAGCCAGCCUUCGUCAAUCUUCCUAUAUCGAUCCUGCCACAGGCAAACGGCUGAGCAAAACAUUUACCCUCCAUAACUUCGACCGUCCCGAUGUCUUUAACCACGCCGUGGACGACACCACUCCUUUACUGGGACAAAUCGAAGAAAUAAGUGCAGGUUGCCCCGGACCCUAUCAUGGCUCGUGGGCGUCAAAGAGCCUGGAAUGGGCGGGUCGAGCCAAACAGUUCAUGCUCUCGGACACUGGGAAGGGGAUCUUCAAAUGCGCACUGGCAUACUUCUUGGGCAGUCUGGCCACAUUUGUUCCCUGGUUGAGCGUCUUGUUCGGGAGACAGAACUCGAAACACAUGGUCGCCACUAUUACGGUGUACUUUCACCCCGCGAGAUCCCUGGGGAGUAUGCUGGAUGCUCUUCUGCUGGCUACAUCCGCCUUCCUCUACGUGGCCGUCGUGUCGCUCCUCAGCAUGACCGUCGCCGCUUUCUUUUCAGAUACCGUUCAUCUUAUUGAGCUUGGACACGCUAUUGUUCUGGUUGUCUUUGUUGGAGGCGGUCUUGGAUUUGUCGGAUGGAUCAAGCUGAGGAGAAAUGAUCCCCUGGUGAACAUAGCAUGCUCCCUGGCAUCUCUGAGCCUGGUCACCAUCCUCACGAAAGAAGGCGCUAUUCAGGCAGGUGACUACUCGACAAAGUCUAUCGCGCAAAUCCUCAAGAUGAUCGUCGCUGGUGUGAUAGCCACUAUGCUUGUUUCCUUCUUGGUUUUCCCCAUCUCCGCCAGACACAAGUUGAGGAAAAACCUCCUGCAGGUGACUGAUACACAUGCGGACAUGCUUGCCUUGAUUACGAGCAGCUUUCUGUCUGGCGAUGAGGCAGAACUGGAAGAUAGCGUCUUCCAGAGCAUUAGUGAUCAGCACAAAAAGCUAUCCUCUACCAUUCCACAAAAUUUGAAAGAAGCAAGAUACGAACAUUACUUGUUGGGCACUGAGAGACAAGCUCUGAUUGAGGGCAGCUUGGCGCAAUGUCUCCAGCGGAUUUCGCAGAGCAUUGGCGGCCUUCGGAGUGCUGCAGCCAUGCAGUUUGUCGUGACCAAGCAGCCGGCCUUUAGUUCCGCGCAAUUCGCCGCAGAGAAUACUCUUACACCACACUGGAUGGAUUCGAUGGAGAGUUCCAAAGUCAGCAUGGGCGAGCGAGAAUGGCUUAAUUACUCUGCACCAUCCUCGCCUAUCCAAGGGUCGGGCAGGCCGCUUACUGGAUCGCUCUCGGGUCCAACUCCCCUGCCAUUUCGAUCACCAGCGCAAAUAUUCGAGCUUUUCAUCGAAAACCUUGGGCCUUCCAUGAGAUCUCUGGCUUUCACUUUGAAAGAAAUCCUGGAUGACUGCCCCUUUGAUGCCUCUAAGCGAUACAUCGUUUCCACCAAUCCCAAGUUCAAAUCGAGUCUUGAUCGAGCAUUGGGGUUGUACAAACAGUCUCGGCAAGAUGCAAUCCUGGCUGUAUAUAGUCAGAAGGACAUGUUUCGAUCUCGACCAAUGCCUGUUCAAGCUGACUGGGAGGAUGCCGCUGCUUGUUGUGGCCACUUUUCAUUCUCCUUGGUGGAAGUGGCUGAAUCCGUGAAAGAAUAUUUGAACAUCCUCGACGAGCUGCAGCUCGAGGUUGACGAGCACCCUUCCGGGAAGACGUGGAAUUGGCUGAAGUUUUGGCGCUCACCAUAUAUCCAGACAGAACUGGCUGGACUCGACCCUGAUUUUGCAAAACUGGCCAAAAGUUCGGAUGAAUUUGAAGUCAAGGUUAGCGACAAGCAGCUCAAUGUAUCUCCACAGCAUAAUGUCCCCCAGUGGCCUGAUCAACCUCGCCUCAAACAAAUAUUUUUCCGCUACCUCUACGCUGCAGCAUCUUUUUUUCGACGUGACGAUAUCAGGUUUGCAAUCAAGGUCGGCCUAGGCGCUCUUCUGUACGCACUUCCAAGUUUCCUCUCCUCGACACGCCCACUGUACCAGCACUGGCGAGGGGAGUGGGGCUUGGUCUCUUACAUGCUUGUGUGCAGCAUGACAAUAGGAGCGUCCAACACGACGGGUUACUCCCGGGUGCUCGGAACCUGUCUCGGAGCUGUUCUCGCAAUAGCCGCUUGGGAAAUAUCGCACGACAAUCCCUUCAUACUGUGUCUUUUUGGGGUUUGCAUGGCGUACUGGACCGCGUAUAUCAUCAUUGGAAAAGGCAAAGGCCCGAUGGGACGAUUCAUCAUGUUGACAUACAACCUCAGUGCUUUGUACGCGUACAGUCUCGCUGGUCGUGACAACGAUGAUGACGGAGGAGACGAGGAGGAUGCCGCAAAGAAUCCCCUGAUCCUUGCAAUCGCCGGACAUCGGGUGGUUGCCGUAAUUUCUGGCUGCAUAUGGGGAUUGAUCAUUACACGCGCCGUCUGGCCCAUAUCGGCUCGGCAGAAGCUGAAAGAUGGCCUUGCACUACUGUGGCUACGCAUGGGUCUAAUCUGGAAGAGAGAUCCACUGGCCACGCUGACCGAAGGUAUCCCUCCAGAUCGCUACAUGAACCUGCGCGAGGAGUUGUAUUUGCAAAGAUUUCUAGCGAAGCUCCGAGGCCUGGCAGAGGCAUCCAAAAGCGAGUUUGAGCUCCGACGGCCGUUCCCACAUGCGACCUAUGGCCGGAUUCUCAACAGUACUGAGCAAAUGCUGGGGUCAUUCCACGCCAUGAACGAGGUGAUCCUAAAGGAUCUGAACACAUCCCCAGGAGAGGAGGCACUCUUGAAGGCCACAGCCAAGGAACGAGCGCAGCUAUGCCGGAGGAUCAGUCACUUGUUCAGCGUUCUCGCGAGUUCGAUGAAGUUGGAAUAUUCAAUCACGAGUGACGCGUUGCCCAGCAUUGACAAUACACGGGACAGGCUCCUGGCAAAGAUUUUCGAGUAUAGACAGGCUGACGCACACGAACAAAGGACCAAAGAUGAGGACUAUAGCCUUUUGUACACGUAUGCACUAGUCACGGGCCAGCUGGGCCUCGGGAUACAGGACGUGCUGAAAGAGGUGGAAAAUCUGUUUGGUGUCCUUGAUGAAGAGGCAUUGCGACUUCAAUAG